AGGAGGAGGGAGGGGAGGAAGGGGAGGUGCAGCAGCGCGGCCAUCCCCGAGCGCCGCAUCGCUGCGUGCGCGGAGCCGCCCGCUGCAGCCGGCAGGAUGAUCGCCGCCCAGCUCCUGGCCUACUACUUCACGGAGCUGAAGGAGGAUCAGGUCAAAAAGAUUGAUAAAUACCUUUACGCCAUGCGGCUCUCUGACGAAACGCUGAUAGACAUUAUGGCUCGCUUCAGGAGAGAGAUGAAGAACGGUCUCUCCAGAGAUUUUAACCCAACGGCUGCAGUGAAGAUGCUUCCUACAUUUGUGAGGUCCAUUCCUGAUGGUUCAGAGAAAGGAGAUUUCAUUGCACUGGAUCUUGGUGGUUCUUAUUUCCGAAUUCUGCGGGUGAAGGUAUCGCAUGAAAAAAAGCAGACGGUACAAAUGGAAAGUGAAAUUUAUAAUACGCCUGAAGAUAUCAUGCAUGGCAGCGGAACACGGCUUUUUGAUCAUGUUGCUGAAUGCCUGGGAGACUUUAUGGAGAAACAACAAAUCAAAGACAAGAAAUUACCAGUUGGGUUUACGUUUUCCUUCCCGUGUCGACAAUCCAAGCUAGAUGAGGGUAUUCUGAUAACCUGGACGAAGCGCUUCAAAGCAAGCGGAGUGGAGGGAGCAGAUGUUGUGAAGCUGCUUAACAGGGCCAUCAAGAAACGUGGGGACUACGAUGCAGAUAUCAUGGCUGUUGUGAAUGACACCGUCGGGACUAUGAUGACCUGUGGUUUUGAUGACCAGCGUUGCGAAGUUGGCUUGAUCAUUGGCACUGGCACCAAUGCCUGUUACAUGGAGGAGAUGCGGCACAUUGACCUGGUGGAAGGCGAUGAGGGCAGGAUGUGCAUUAACACGGAGUGGGGGGCCUUUGGAGAUGAUGGUUCACUAGAAGACAUCAGGACCGAGUUUGAUCGAGAGAUCGACCGUGGAUCCCUUAAUCCUGGGAAGCAGCUAUUCGAGAAGAUGGUCAGCGGGCUGUACAUGGGGGAGCUGGUAAGGCUCAUCCUGGUGAAGAUGGCCAAGGAGGGGCUGCUCUUUGAGGGGAGAAUCACUCCUGAGCUUCUCACCAAAGGGAAGUUUGAGACAAAGCACGUUUCUGCCAUAGAAAAGAGCAAAGAAGGUUUGAACAAAGCCAAAGAAAUUUUAACCCGCCUGGGGGUGGAGCCGUCCCAUGAGGACUGCAUCGCCGUCCAGCACGUCUGCACCAUCGUGUCCUUCCGCUCGGCCAACCUGGUGGCCUCUACGCUGGGUGCCAUCCUCAACCAGCUGCGGGAUAACAAAGGGGUCGGCCGCCUCCGGACCACCGUGGGGGUCGACGGCUCUCUCUACAAGAUGCAUCCACAGUACGCCCGGCGCUUGCACAAAACCACCCGGCGCUUGGUGCCUGACUCAGAAGUGCGGUUCCUGCUGUCGGAGAGCGGCAGCGGGAAGGGAGCAGCGAUGGUGACGGCGGUGGCGUACCGGCUGGCGGAGCAGCACCGGCUCAUCGAUGAGACCCUGGCCGAGUUCAAGCUCACCCACGAGCAGCUGCUGCAGGUGAAGAAGAGGAUGAGGGCGGAGAUGGAAGCGGGGCUGAAGAAGAAGACGCACGAGACUGCCAAAGUGAAAAUGCUGCCCACCUUCGUCCGCAGCACGCCGGAUGGGACAGAGAACGGAGACUUUUUGGCACUUGACCUUGGAGGGACAAACUUUAGAGUUUUGCUGGUGAAAAUCCGCAGCGGUAAAAGGAGAACAGUUGAGAUGCACAACAAGAUCUAUGCCAUUCCCAUAGAGGUGAUGCAGGGAACAGGAGAAGAGCUGUUUGAUCACAUUGUUACCUGCAUUUCUGACUUCCUGGAUUACAUGGGGAUAAAAGGCGCACGUCUUCCUCUAGGCUUCACGUUUUCCUUCCCUUGCAAGCAGACCAGCCUGGAUGCUGGUAUCCUUCUCAAUUGGACAAAAGGCUUCAAAGCUACAGACUGUGAGGGAGAAGAUGUGGUGUAUUUGCUUAGAGAAGGAAUUAAAAGAAGAGAGGAGUUUGACUUGGAUGUGGUGGCUGUGGUGAAUGAUACGGUGGGGACAAUGAUGACUUGUGCUUAUGAAGACCCAAACUGUGAAAUCGGACUCAUUGUGGGAACUGGCAGCAAUGCUUGUUACAUGGAAGAGAUGAGAAACAUAGAGAUGGUGGAUGGUGAGCAAGGACGGAUGUGCGUGAACACGGAGUGGGGAGCGUUCGGGGAUAAUGGAUGCCUGGACGAUAUCAGGACAAUAUAUGACAAAGCAGUUGAUGACUAUUCACUAAAUGCUGGAAAGCAAAGGUACGAGAAAAUGAUCAGUGGGAUGUACCUGGGGGAAAUAGUCCGCAAUAUUUUGAUUGACUUCACCAAACGGGGGUUCCUGUUCAGAGGCCAGAUUUCAGAGACGCUGAAGACCAGACAUAUCUUUGAAACCAAGUUCCUUUCUCAGAUUGAGAGUGACAGGUUAGCCUUGCUGCAGGUGCGAGCCAUCCUCCAGCAGCUGGGGCUCAACAGCACCUGCGAUGACAGUAUCAUUGUCAAGACUGUGUGUGGAGCGGUGUCGAGGCGAGCAGCUCAGUUGUGCGGCGCUGGAAUGGCUGCGGUUGUAGAUAAAAUUAGGGAGAACAGAGGAUUAGAGCACCUGGAGAUAACGGUUGGUGUGGAUGGGACUCUGUACAAACUACAUCCACACUUUUCGAGGAUCAUGCACCAAACAGUCAAAGACCUGGCACCCAACUGCGACGUGACCUUCCUGCUGUCAGAGGACGGCAGCGGGAAAGGGGCAGCGCUCAUCACAGCGGUGGGAUGCAGGCUUCGUGAUGCCGAGCAGAACUGAACUCCACAAUCCUAGCCCCGAUUCUGUCUUGUGAGCACUUUCUCAUAAAGCAGCGACUGCAUAGUCAGAACUGGUAAAAACCCAGAACUCACUGCUUUAUCGGGGAAAAAAAACAAAACAACUAAUGACAUAAAAAUUAGGAUACAAGAUAGAAUGUGUGCUGUUAAUAAUAUCUCCUGUUUCUGGACCCCAAUCUGCAUGUUUCUUAUUCACCUUGUUGGUACCUUCCCCAUCUGUAGGUCAUGGAAAAAUCAGUCUAUAAUUUCUGCAGCUGUCAAAAAUCAGUUGUUGUCUGAGAUGAAAUUGCCCCCAAGUGAUGUGCGUUGAGAGCUACCGUUGCAUCGUACCAAAUGUGUUCUUUGCAGCAUCCUGUUAAGCGCACUGCCAGCACGCUGACCACCAGACCUGGGUGUUGAUGCUUUUAGUGAAGGAGAAGCAACAGUUCCCUCCUGCAUAUCUACCUGCUGUUGUUUCGUCUAAAGCGAUUGUGAAAACAUUAUGGUGUGUCAGCACUGUGCACGCACGUAACUCUAUAGUGGGACUUGACAAUGCGACUUACUUGCUUCCUUGAUGCCUGUUUUGUCAUGGUAAAAGUAAACGCCCUUGUCCCACAGACCUGGUUCCACUGGUAUUUCCCAUUGCUUCUGUGAAUAGUGUUGUGUUACUGGGCGAAAUCUGUCACGUUUCAGCAAGAAAUCCCUAAAGAGUAAAACAAAGUGGUUGGUGAUUGGGGUAAUCCAAAUCUCCAGACCCAGGCAAUCAGUAGAUUUAUGGUCCCUCCAUGGGCUGUGCAUCGGUAGAUUUAUAGUCCCUACACGGGCUGUGCUGUAUUCUUCUGUUUAAGAGUUCUUAUAAAAAGUAUUUUCUAUCUCUUCUUGUUAGUCUAGAUCAGAGCACUGCAGCUGCCCUUCUACUGAAUCUGCAGCUGGACAGUGUCACUCGGAUGUGUAUACUUCCGUCUUUCGCCUUAAAUGGGUAUUUGCUUCCAUACAAAGCUUUAAUCUUUAAUACUCAGCCACUCAAAACACAAACACUCAGCUAGAGUUAGUGAUCAGAAAGGAAUACGAGGGUUUGAUUUUGAUCUUGCCUUUGAGGACCUGGGUGCGUGAACUAAACAAACCACAAAGCCAAAAUCGGACCCAGCUUAUUCCAAGGACUAAAGCAACAACGAAGAUCAUAUACACUUGGUGUAUCCUGUUCUCUGUCGAGUCGAUGCCAUUAUUAUAUUUGCAUACCAGUUGCAUUACUUAAAUUGAGAAGCAGUUAGGAAGGCAAACGCUGAAUAACAUUUGCAAGUCACACCACUUUCUGCAAAGAGGGAGACCACACAGUAGUCCUUAAUUCCCGCUCUUCUACCAAAAAUGAAUUUGAGAUGUCUGCAUGGUUUUCCCUGCUGCCUUUUCCUGCAGAAAGUAGAUGGAAAUUUGCCGGCUACUCCUCUUUGUCCUCGUUCCACUCCCCUAAGAUUUGGAUUGCCCUACCUAUCGAUAACAUUUCAAUAUGCAUUAUGGUGCACUGUGAGUGAAUGUUGUAAAGUAACAUGUGAGUCACAAACAGUCAUUGCAGCUUUAAGUGUGUGUCUACCUGAAAAAUUGCAUGCCUAACUGGUUUUGCAAAGGUAGAGAGUCUUUUUACUUUGCACACUAGUAGCUCUGAUACUAGUGUUACGUGAUACUUGUGAAAAUAUUAAACUUUUUUGAUGUGCGUUAA